CACGGCGACGAGAAUGCUCCGUAGAGGUCUGUGUGCCUACAUAAUGAAGUCAGAAAUCAGCGGUCGAGAAGACAUCGAUGCGUCAUCGGUAUUUUUGAGAUCAUCUGCACCUGACAAAGUAGGUUAUUGUUGCAAGAAAGGCCGGGUGAUAACGGACAAAGAAGUGUCCAAGGUGUCGGUCUGCAUUUUGCCCGCGCCGUGUGCAACACGAGCUCGAGCGAUCAGGACUCUGGUCCUGUCUGCUUUGCAAAGAGGAGUGUACGUAGUGAUCGUGGAUGCAUGAUACCCUGUAAUUUGGGACAUUCGCUUUCCCUCACUCCCCCCUUCGCCUUCAAGUUGAUAGCGGAGAACCGGUGACGACUGCUGUUCGGCGAGUCGCUGAUGCAUGUGGUCUGAAGGUUUCAUGCGCAGUCCAGCGAUCGAGGGUAUA